CUUUUCGACCCGACUAUAUUUAGAGAACAGAAACCCUAAUUUUGUGAAACCCCUCAUUCGUUCCUUUCAUCUGGUGAUCCUUCUUCUCUACACUAAUCAACCUUCUUCAUAUAUUGGAGAAACACUAAUCAAACACUCUGUUUAUACUUGAAUCCAAUGAUUUCUUCAAUCGGUGGCUUUGUUGGGGUCUCGAAGUGGCCGCUGUCAUAUCUUUUCGCCGACGUCCUCUGUUCAUAUAUCUCACCGUUUAUUCAAUUAAGGUUUGGUGGUGGAUCGAAUUUUUUGGUGACUUCUGGUUUAGUGUCGGAUAUUGGUGACAACAAGGAAGGUAAGGUUGAAGUUUAAAACUUUAGAUGUUAUUUGCGUUUGAUUUUCAAUGUUUAACCAGGAUUGUUGCAUCUGAUAAUGUGGAUUUUUAAUUCAUUUAUGUGAGGUUCUUAUUCUAGGGAUCAAAUAUUAGAAACUAAUGUGGAUUUUUGAUUCAUUUAUUAUGGUUUUGAGUAUUUUAAAAACCGUAAUCUGCUCCUUUGAAGUAUUGAAAUCUCUAAGGUAAGUAUGAAAAUCAAGUAAUCCACUCAACCCUUUCUUUGUUUAAAUAAAGGAUGUUGUACUUUUUGUUGAACAAUUCUGGGAAGAAAAAGAAACUGAUAUGUUUGAAAAUUGAUUUUAUUUGUAUUUUUCCUCAUAUUGUCAAUUUUAUUCUUUUGUUUUGCGAGGGAGGGAGAAGGCAACGUCCAAUGAUUUAGAUAAAAUCUUAAGGAUUUCACUUUGGUUAUUUUGGCAGCUUUGAUAGAUAUUUAUAUGCAACUAUUGACCAGGGAAGAAAUGUCACAAGUUAUAUAUUGGAGCUGGCAUGGUAUGUGUGAAGAUCCUUUUCUUAUCAGACAGUCAUUAAAUGCCCUUGUUAUAUCUCAGAAGAUCCUUUUCCCACCCAUUUAGUAUGUGUGCUGCGUAGUAAAUUGCCUUUGAAAUCUAUUCAGCAAGUAAUGACUGUGGCCACCAAGCUACAAAUUGAGAAUGAGAAGGUGUUCAAGAAAAUUUCUGAUGUUCUUGCACAAGCUGUGUUUGGAAGAAAAAGCAAAACAUAUUCUUGCGGGUGAGGUUCAAAUGUCUGAUUUUGAAGACGUUGUAAGGACGUCAGAGGAUGUCUAUGCACUUUCAAUUGCAAAAUCGUGGUUAACAAAAUCUAAACCAUAUUUAGUUUCUGAUCUCUCUUUGACGUCAGUUGCAAGUUCCUUGCUUAAAGUUGACGACUUGAAGGAGUUGGUUUCGGAAUCAAAUUUAUUAAAGAUGUAUUUGGAAGAGCGGGUUUUGCUUGAAGAUGUCUUACAGACAUAUACGCAAUGGGAGCGUGAUGCGUUUUCUGCUCUAAACGAUGUUGAGUUCCUUUUGAAUAUUCUUGAUGUGGGUGAUAAGAUUUUGUUUGAUGUUAUCUCCACAUUUAAAGAUCAUGUUACCAAGAUGGAAUCCAUAAUGGAAAAUGAGUUAUCACUCCCUUUUGACUCUAUUGUGAUUCCAAAACUACGAGAGACUUAUGCAUUUUUCAAUUGGUGUUCUAAAGCCCUAAUUUUUCAUGAUAGUGUUCCCACACUCAAGAGGUUCAAUUGUUGUUGGUGGAUGCCAAGUGUUAUCAUGUUACAUAUGCAUAUCGUUCUUUUUGGAAGUCAUUGAUUGACGGGUUCAAUUGGCUUAAGCAAGCUGUUGAGAUUAUCGGUUCAUGUAAUGUUAAAAGAUUUAAUUUGAGUGAUGUUGAAGAAGCUUGGAGACAAUCUAAGGUAUUAAUCCUUCCACUUUUCUUUCUGCCUUGAUAUGCAAUUAUUUUUCUGUCUUCCUUUGUUUUUCGUCUAUUUGCAGAUGCUGUUUUAUUAUGGUAGAUGAUUAAAAUAUCUUUUCCAUUGAUUGUUGACUGAUUACUGGAUGCUAUCAAUAGACAUAAGUGAGUUUCAUCCA